GAUGAGCCCGUGAGGAGACUCUUGGGAAUCCAUCCUGUGCACUUCCUGACUGGCAGGGCCCCUGUUCUCCGCCCUCCAGGACCAGGACAAAGAGGACAGUGAGAGGCUGGUCAUGUCUCCCAAUCCCACCACCUUCCUGGGCCUCGCGCUCUGCCUGAGCCGGGCGAUUCACAUGCAGGAGGGAGACCUUCCCAAACCCUCCAUCAGGGCCGAGCCAGAUGUUGUGAUCCGUAGGGGACAGCCUGUGACCAUCGUGUGCCAGGGCCCAGCUGGGGCUGAUGUGAUCCGCCUGGAGUCUAGAAGAUCUACUUUUAGGGAUCAGAAAAUUUUGUCUCAACAUGGCUCACCGUGGACAGAGGCCAGAUUUCUCAUCCCCACAGUGAGUGAAGACACUGUUGGGCGUUACUGCUGCUACUACUGGAAAGGGUCCAGCUGGUCUGAGCGCAGUGAGCCCCUGGAGUUGAAGAUGACAGACGAGGACGCCUCCAAUCCACCCUCAGGAAAAUCCCAAGAAAUCGCAUUCCCAGUCUCAACAGUCACCCCUCCACCUACAGAAGUCCCCCUGGUACCCACAGAAGGAGGCUCCCACACAGCCCCCGCCUCCCAGAAUUACACGGUGGGGAACUGUGUCCGCAUGGGCCUGGCUGGCGUGGUGUUGCUGAUCCUGGUGGGGAUUCUGGCAGAGGCUGCGCACAGCUGGCACAGGUGGCCCCACGGACCACAGGGAUGGACUCAAGGAAGCUCCUGACAGAGAAAUUAGCCUCCAAAGCCCCCAAAGGAGCCUUGCCGGGGGCUCCAAAGACGGUGCUGGAGCCCGGGAGACCCAAUGCCACUCCUGCGGUGCACUCCGAAGUGUGCCAGAGCCGGCGACCGGGCAGGACCCUCACUCUGUCCCCGGAGCACAGGGCCAUGGCACUCACGUUCUUCCGAGGCUUCCAGGGUUUGCCUCCAGGCCUGACAUGAUCACCGACCAACCCCAGUUUUCCUGGGUCUCCCUUCUCGCCGGGUCCUAAGACAGGCCCCGGGACCCUCCACCGUCUGUCUGCUGCCCUCUUCCUUAAGUCCUCCCACCCGGUAUCAGAGGCUCCAGGCCCUCAGCUCUGGACAUUUCCUCUGUGUCCACACCUGUCCCCGUGGUGGUCUCAGCAUCCGGGGCCUCCCACCCACGAGACUGACAAAGGCUCCACUGGGAUUUCCCACCUUUC